AGACUCUGGGCAUGGUUGUGGGCAAGUCCCAAGUCCCUUAAACUCUGCCUUGUGCCUCUGACUGCCAUGGGGGAGCCCAGCAUGGACCCAACCAUCUCUGCUGACAGCACUGCACAGCAGGACUCUCUCUUCAGCAUGACAGAUGUGUUCCUCAUCUCCCUCAUCACUGGACUUUUUACCUACUGGUUCUUCUUCCGCAAGAAAAAGGAGGAAGUGCCUGACCUCCCCAAAAUGCAGACAGUGGCAGCUCCAGUGAGAGACAGCAGCUUCAUUGAGAAGAUGAAGAAGACGGGCCGAAAUAUAGUUGUUUUCUAUGGCUCCCAGACGGGCACAGCAGAGGAGUUUGCCAAUCGCCUCUCCAAAGAUGCCCAUCGCUAUGGCCUGCGGGGCAUGGCAGCAGAUCCAGAGGAGUAUGACCUGUCGGACCUGAGUCGCCUCUCUGAGAUUGACAAGUCCUUGGCUGUGUUCUGCAUGGCCACCUAUGGAGAGGGGGAUCCCACAGACAAUGCCCAGGAUUUCUAUGACUGGCUGCAGGAGGCUGAUGCUGACCUGUCGGGUCUCCGCUUUGCAGUCUUUGGGCUGGGGAACAAGACUUAUGAGCACUUCAAUGCCAUGGGGAAGUACGUGGACAAGAGACUGGAGGAACUUGGAGCCCAGCGCAUCUUUGAGCUGGGGCUGGGAGAUGAUGAUGGCAACCUGGAAGAAGACUUCAUCACCUGGAGAGAGCAGUUCUGGCCAGCAGUGUGUGAGCACUUUGGGGUGGAGGCUACAGGAGAGGAGUCCAGCAUCCGGCAGUACGAGCUGGUGGUGCACACAGACGUGAACAUGAACAAAGUCUACACGGGGGAGAUGGGCCGGCUCAAGAGCUACGAGAAUCAGAAGCCCCCGUUUGAUGCCAAGAACCCCUUCCUGGCCCAGGUCACGGAGAACCGCAAGCUGAACGAGGGUGGAGAGCGGCACCUGAUGCACCUGGAGCUGGAUAUCUCCAAUUCCAAAAUCAGGUAUGAGUCCGGGGACCACGUGGCCGUGUACCCAGCCAACGACUCCUCCCUGGUGAACCAGAUUGGGGAGAUCCUGGGCACGGACCUGGACACUGUCAUGUCCCUAAACAACUUGGAUGAGGAAUCCAACAAGAAGCAUCCCUUCCCCUGCCCCACAUCCUACCGGACAGCCCUGACCUACUACCUGGACAUCACCAACCCCCCUCGCACCAACGUGCUGUACGAGCUGGCGCAGUACGCCACGGACGCGGGCGAGCAGGAGCGCCUCCGCAAAAUGGCCUCGUCUGCCGCCGAGGGCAAGGCGCUGUACCUCAGCUGGGUGGUGGAGGCGCGCAGGAACAUCCUGGCCAUCCUGCAGGACAUGCCCUCCCUGCGCCCCCCCAUCGACCACCUGUGCGAGCUGCUGCCCCGCCUGCAGGCCCGCUACUACUCCAUUGCCUCCUCCUCCAAGGUUCAUCCCAACUCCAUCCACAUCUGUGCCGUGACCGUGGAGUACGAGACCAAGACGGGCCGCCUGAACAAAGGGGUGGCCACCAACUGGCUGAAGAGCAAGGUGCCCCAGCAGGGCGGGAGCAGCUGCCUGGUGCCCAUGUACGUGCGCAAGUCGCAGUUCCGGCUGCCCUUCAAGCCCAGCACGCCCGUCAUCAUGAUCGGGCCGGGCACCGGCAUCGCCCCCUUCAUCGGCUUCAUCCAGGAGAGGGCCUGGCUGAAGCAGCAGGGCAAAGAGGUGGGUGAGACAGUGCUGUACUACGGCUGCCGCCACGAGCGCGAGGACUACCUGUACCGGGAGGAGCUGGCCCGCUUCCAGAAGGAGGGAGUCCUCACCCAGCUCAACGUGGCCUUCUCCAGGGACCAGGCUGAGAAGGUUUAUGUCCAGCACUUACUGAAGAAGAACAAGGAGAACAUCUGGAAGCUGGUUAACGAGGGGAUGGCUCACAUCUACGUGUGUGGCGAUGCCCGGAACAUGGCCCGGGACGUGCAGAACACCUUCUACGAGAUCGUGUCCGAGUUUGGCAGCAUGAGCCAGCCCCAGGCCGUGGACUAUGUAAAGAAACUGAUGACAAAGGGCCGCUACUCGCUGGAUGUGUGGAGCUAGGGCGGGGCCGGGGGAGACCAGGCCCCAGGCUGGGCCAGGAGCUGCAAGUGCCUGCUGCCCACUGCUGCUGUGGGUGACGGGGUCAGCCCCACACUGGCUACCCCAGUGUCACUCCCAACCCUUCCUGGGCCUCAGCAGCCCCUCGGGGCAGGCUGUGCACCCAG